AACAUCCCGACAUUGAUAUUUGCAAUUGUUCAAAGAUCCCUCACAAUUGUAAUUUUGUUAAAUCAUUUAGUUUACGAAAUUUCACUUUAUUUUCUUGAAAUAUUAAUUUGAAUUGUGUUUGUUUAUUGUCAUCGAUGUUUAAGGAAAUGCAAAGCUUGGCUAAUGCUCAGAUGACUGACGCGUCUCCUCAUAAGGUCGCAGGUUUCUAUCCUUAUGCUGACAAUGGAGGAACUCUGGCCGCUAUCGCUGGUGAUGGAUUUGUUGUAAUUGGUGGUGAUACAAGAUUAACCACUGGAUAUCAAAUUUAUUCUAGAGAAGCAUCAAAGCUCACCAAACUUACUGAUAAAACUAUUAUUGGUUCCUGUGGAUGUUGGUGUGACAGUUUAACGUUUACUAAAGGACUUCAUAUACGUUUACAAUAUUAUCUGUAUGAAAACAACAAGCCAAUCUCAACUAAUGCUACCGCUCAAUUGGUAUCUAAUAUGCUGUAUCAGAAGCGAUUCUUCCCUUACUAUGUUAGUACUAUAGUUGCUGGGUUAGAUGCUGAUAAUCAAGGAGCUGUUUACUCUUAUGACCCAGUUGGAUCUACUGAACGUCAUCGAUAUCGGGCUCAAGGGACAGCUGGAUCUCUAAUUCAACCUUUCCUUGAUUGUGUGCUCGGACGAGGUAACCAGACAGCUCCUGAGCCAGAAAAACUGACAAAAGAGCAGGCUAUGAUUUAUCUAAAAGAUGCCUUUAUGUCCGCCGCUGAAAGAGAAAUAGGUUGUGGUGACUUUUUGCAAAUUAUGAUUGUUACACCACAAGGAGUGGAAGAAGAACGUUUCAAAUUGAGAAAAGAUUAAUAAAUCUGAAAUAAGUAAACUUUAGUCUCCAUUUUUCUGGUUCAACUUUUCAUUACUACUCAAAGAUUCAUUAAAAGUUGUUUUGCUAUCAA